AUGCCCGGUUAUGCAAAGAUGAUGAAGGACUUGAUGUCUCGAAAGUUUGACUUUCAAGACUUGGAAACUAUGAGAUUGACUCAGACCUAUAGUGUUGUUGUGACAAGACCUAUAGUUGAGAAGUUAUCCAACCCAGGGAGUUUCACAAUUCCGUGCACCAUAGGCAACUAUGCUUUUGCUAAAGUUGGAAAUUUUGUGUUCCCGACAGAUUUUGUCAUUCUAGACUGCCAAGUUGAUGAGGAGAUUCCAAUAAUUUUGGGAAGGCCAUUCUUAGCCACAGGGAGAGCUCUGAUUGAUUGUGAAACUAGGGAACUAAAGAUGAGACUGAAUAAUGAAGAAAUAACAUUCAAUGUGCAGAAGUCCAUGCGACGACCCAGUGAGUUUGCUAAUUACUCUCUGAUUGAAGCAGUGGAUGUGAUCAUGGAGGAAGAAGAUAAGAUGCUUAAUGCAAAAGAUCCUCUAGCAGCCUGCCUCAUAAACCUAGAAGAGGUAGAUGGUGAAGACUUGGCGGAGUAG